CUAGCCGUUGGGUUUGUGGAAAAAAAUGCGGCCUUGUCUCUGCCGACAAAUCACUCUGCCUCAUUCACUCCCUUCUUGCUUCCUUUAUCUUCUCUCUCUCUUCUUCUUCUUCUUCUCAGAAGCUGAGUCUGUAGAUUUAGGGUUUUUUAGAUGCUCUUAGGCUAGUUACAUUGUGAGGUGUUUGAUAGGUAGGUUGUGUGGUUGUUGAAGAGGGGGAGAGAUCUAUAUUUUCAGGUAAUUUAACCAAAGAAAAUGGUUAUAUCUGAUGAGAACAAGAAUAACCCCACUUUGAUUAAACCCAUAAACUUACAAGAAAUGGGUAGCAGAAAGUUUGGGGUGGAGAUUAGGCCCAACCGAGGAGCCUUAAGCAUGAUUAAUCAAAAUGUAGCUCGAGCUCAUCCUUACCCUUGUGUUGUCAACAAGAAAGUCUUGUCAGGAACCCAUGAAAUUUGUGAUAAGUUACCUCCUCAUCCAGCUCAUAGACCAAUCACAAGGAAAUUUGCGGCACAGAUUGCGAGCACACAACAACAUUGUCUGGAGAAAACUAAGAAACCCGAUUCAUCAUCUGUUCAAAGCUUCAGAGUCUGGGAAGAUUGUCCAGUAAUAGAUGAGGAACAUAAGGAAGCUACAGACCCCCCAGUUCCAAUGUCCUUGGAACAAACAGAAGCAGUCCCGGAUGAAGAGGAACAGAUGGAAGUUGAAAUGGAAGAUAUAUUUGAAGAGCCCGUUAUGGAUAUUGACAGCUGCGACGCCAAGAAUCCACUAGCAGUAGUCGACUAUGUCCACGAUGUCUAUGUCUACUACAGAAAAAUGGAGGUAAACUAAAAGCUCAUUGAAUUUAGUCAAUUAUUA